AUGACUCGUAAAAGAAAAUCAGGUUCUGUUUGGAUUUAUGUUGUGAUUUAUGUAAGAGUUAUUCCAGGAAUGUCGGACGGCUGCUCGUCACAUCAGAGCAGGCUGGGGCUCAGAGUCACUGAGGGGCAUGGCAUGCCAUGGAGCUCCAUCCAUGGUGAAGUUCCAUUUAAGCCAGUUUUAAUUGGGAUAAUAAACCCUGUUUGUGAAUGUAUCAGCAUCUGUUACUUUGUAAUAGUAGUCAUUUCACAAGAAAAGUCUGGUGGAAGGCAAGAUCCCUCCGAAAUGAGCAAGAAGAUCGCUAAAAGAAGGAGAGAACCCUCCAUUCUAAAAAGUGGCUUAACUAUAAGUGGAUUAAGCAGAGCCAUUGCAGUAGAAUUGAUAUUUGUGUAUCACACAGUGACACAUAACCUCAGCUACAAUAGCUUGGACUACAAUGUUAAAGUGAAAAGGAUGAAUUCAGUGAUUCUAGUAUUGCAUUGCAGGGGCACAAAAGCUAAAGAAGUAGUUAAAAAUGUUUUUGCUCCAAAAAUUAUUACAAAAAGUGUUAAGAUUUUAAACAAUCCCAGGAAGUCGAAGGGAUUCUUCUCUAAAGCUGAAGAGAGCAGUGGAACAGGGAUGACUACCCACAGUUUGUGUAAGCGUUCCUUGGAAUUCUGCAAACUUGGUAUAAACAAUUGUAUUGCAUUUUGUGCUGAUAAUGCCUUAAAUGAUCUUUACAAACAAAUCUUCAAGGCCAGCUAUUCAUUUCGUAUUUUGCAGAAUGCAAUGAAACAUGCAAGUGAUACCCUAGAUAUUAAUCUCGAAAAAUUGGUCUUAAAAUUAGAAUUCUUUACGAAUAAAUCUUUGGAAACAGAAGCAAAAGAUGGCUAUGCUACAGUGUUGCUUGAUUUACUGUGUUUCAAUCAGAAUCUGAGGAAAGCUAUUGUGACAGUAACAGGGAAUGUGGUAGUGUGCACCAGUGACGGUGUGGCCCAAAGUAUUGCUUAUAAUGAAAACAACAGAUGUGAUGCUGUGACACUUGAAGGGACAUUAUACAAAAGGAGUGGUCUAAUUGUCGGAGGAAUGAUGGAGUUAGAGCAUAGAUCAGAGCGAUGGCUGUCUCAAGACAUCAUAGAACUUAGACUGCAGAAGAAACAGCUGGAAAAGGAAGUGAAGGACAUCAACUUAACCAUUAAUAAAAGAAUACAGCAAAAGUCUGCUGUUGAAACAGAUAUAUUUGAACUAGAAUCGGAGAUGAGUAAAUAUAAAGCAUUGCUGAAGAACAUUGAAAAUGAGAUGACUUACACUGAACAGAGAACUGUUCAGAUUAAGAGCAAUAUUCAGACAUCAGAGAAUAUCAUCACUGAUGUGAGAAAUAAAUUGGCAGAACGUCAGAAGUCAAUGGACGAUCUACGUCAAAAGAUUGAAUCCAUUAAGGAUAAUGUGUUCCAGAAUUUCCUCAGAGAGUUAGGGAGUCCCAGCAUUUAUGUGUUUGAACAGCGUGAUUACAGGAUAUACAAGGAGAAACUUACAAAGAAACUAGAACUGCAGGAAAAGCUGGAGUUCCUAAAGCAGCAAAAGAAUUUUGAAUUGUACCAGAGUACUGCAGACAAAAUAGACCUGUGGACGAAAAUACUGAGGGAAAAGCAAGAUAUGUAUGAGGAUCUGCAAAAGGAGGAGGAAAGGUUGAGUAUUGAGUUAGCAGCCCAUGAUGAUGAUUCAGCUACUCUGGACAGAAAAAUAAAAGAAGCAGAAGCAAGAGGAGAAAUCCUUUCAGAAAAAAUUAAACAGAUAGAGAAGAGAAUCAGUACCAGAGAUCAUGAGAAGUGGAUGUUGUUAACAACUAUGGAAGUUCUUGAAACAAAUUUGAAGCAGCAGCACCAACGGCAUAUAAAAUAUUUGUUCGAGAGCAAAAUGAAGAAUAUUGAUCUGCCUUUUGUGAGAGGGAGUUUAGCUGAUGUGUCAUUAACAUCUUCUUCUUCUGAUACUUCUGCAGAGAAGACAGUUCUUCGAAGUGAUGAGGUUGAAGUAGAUUUCAGUGACCUUACUGAAGAAGACAAGUCACUUUCUGCAGAAGAUUUUGACAGUUUGAUUGUUACUAUGGAAUCUGAAAUUCAAGAUUUGGAAAGCAACUCCCUGGAUUCCCCAGACAUAGCACAGGUCACAGAAAGAAUGAACAUGUGGGAGGAUAAAAUGAAAGAAACCAAUUUCAAACUGAAGAGAGAGACUGCCAAGACAAACAAUUUGAGAAAUAAAUUUGAAAAUAUUAAGAGAAGACGUUUUGAAGCAUUCAUGGCUUGCUUCAAACAUGUGUCAUCUAUGAUCAGUAAUAUAUACAAGGAUUUAAUGCAGAGUGACUUGUGUCAUGUUAUGCUGACACUUGAAAAUGAGGAGGAGCCAUACCUUGGUGGUGUACAAGUGUGCUUUGUAGAACAUGGAAAGCCUUGUAUUGGUAUGGCAUCAUUAUCAGGGGGUGAGGCUGUUAUGGCUGGACUUGCACUCACAUUUGCAUUACACAGCUUCUUACCAUCACCAUUGCUGAUAUUUGAUGAAGUGGAUGAUGCACUUGAUGCAAAUAAUAUUGACAGACUUGUGAGAUAUGUAAACAGCCACAAAGAUUCAAUGCAGAUUACAGUAAUCACUCUGAAUAAAAAGAUUGCCGCUGAGUGUGAUGUUAUUGUGGGAGUGUGCCCAAAUCAUACCUUCAAAGAACAUUUAGUUACCAAAGUCAUAACACUCAAUCUAAGUUUGUAUCCUAAAGAUGGAGAAACACAGUUGAAGAAACUAAUAGAAAAAUCACAAGCUGUGAGAGAAAAGGAAGGUCAAUAACCAGUGAUAUCAUAUGCAGAUAGAAACAAUGGAGGACUCUUCAGCAUAAAAGGGAGUUUAAAUUAUCAGAUAGAUUUUCUUACGUUCUGUUAUUGGUAGUAAUGUGAAGUGCCUUACUGUUACCUUCUGUACAAUAUACGAACUGUUGUCAGUAAACACGGAUGAAUAGAACUUUUAAAUUCCAUAGAUUUAUAUGCAGUUGUUUGGAAUACUAGUAUGUUCCUUCUUUCCUGUCAACUUACACAAAGUUAAUGAUGUUAUGGUACUUUAAGCAUGAAUAUUUUUGAUUGAUUUUUUAAUUAAGUGUAAUGAAAAAUGGUACUUACAAAGCAUGAGCGUGAUGUGGGCACUGCAAAAAGAGUAGUCAAAGUUGCAUGAGAACUGAGUGCGGCAAAUCUAUUUUAGCUGUUUGAUUAGUGAUUUACUGAAACAUUUCCUCCCGAUUUAUAACACACUUCUG